UCUUUGAGUGCUUCACCACCACCGCCGCGCCCGGCAUGUCUCGAGUACUUUCACCCACGACCAAAUUCCUCAACCACGGCAUCCACGCCAUCGUCGCCGGCUCUUCUACCACCACCACCGCCUCCUCCAGACCACCGUUGGUCUGUAUGGCCGGUUGGCCACAAACGAAAGAAGCAUACACCGAGAUAUUACCUUUUCUCUCCCGCGGCCGCCUUGUCUUGGUUCUUGACCUACCCGGGACGGGUGACUCUUCACCUCCGACGACCGGCGGUGACGACCAUGGCGGCGGAUACGACACCAACAACAUCAGUUCCGUACUCGCCUCCGCCGUCGCGGCCGAAUUUGGAGGUCCCGACACAAAAUACCACCUGAUCGGCCACGACGUGGGUGCUUGGGUGGCUGCGGCUUGGGCCCGUCAAUUCUCCUCUUCUCUCCUGAGCGUCACCCUCCUGGACGGGAUGGUCCCCGGGUCGUUCCCACCUCUCGCGUUUCCUCCACCCGACGAGGUCAACAAACGUCUGUUUCAAUUUUCUUUCCACCGUGUUCCCGAACUGCCUGAGAUCUUGGUCAGGGGGAAGGAGAGAGAAAUGAUGGAUUGGUUCUUUGACAUGAAAUGUGUACAUCCCAAACGCAUCACCGCGGAUAAACGUCGACACUAUGCCGCAAAGUAUUCUCGUCCAGGAGCAAUGUCCAACGGGUUCGCUUAUUACCGUGCUUAUGACCAAAGUGUCAAACAGUACGAAGAGGCUUCGGCAGCCGGUGGUGUUUCGGGCGUACCCAUCCUCGCAAUUGGAGGUGAAAAAGCAACCGGUAAACUCAUGGAGAGGGUGCUUGCCGUGACUGAAGAAAAGAAAAAGUCCAAACUUGUGAUUGUACCGGAUUGUGGUCAUUACCUCAUGGAGGAACAGCCCGAGAUUACGGCUCGUGAGAUAUUGAACUUUGUUGACGCCGUAGACGAGGAAAAGGACUAGGACAGUAGGCAUAUGAUGAGUGACGGCGGGGAUUUAGUCUGAUUAUCCAUUUCCAUGUUGAUAACCA